AGUCCCUUGUUUCCUAUGCCCAUGCCGUUUUGCCUUUGGUGUUUCUAUUUUUUAAUAAACUGUUUAGCUUUGAAAAAGUAAACGCGCCUGAAAAAAAGUAUUUCAUUUCUUAUUCGAUACAUGCAAAUUUUAAUUAAUUUAAGAAAAACUCAUACCAGAGAUCUUAUACAGUACUUACACGACGUGAAAUUCUGAAAGUGAAUAAUAUUUGUCCGAUAUUUUGAAAACUCUGUACUUAUCUUAAUGAUAAUGACAACCAAACGUCAACGUCUUAUUGGAUAUAGUAAAAACCACGUAUUAUCUUUUUAAAUUUCUUAUAAAAGAAUAGUGCUUGCUCUUAUGGUUAAUUAGCAAGUAAUUUGUGUAAUUGCAUUCGAUCACCAUGAGUGCAAUUAAAUUUGGAACUAUAUUUUUUACACUUUUUUUGAUAAAUUUGGCUGCUUGUGGGCCCGAGGAAGAAGAGGGAGUUAAAUAUGCAGAUAAGUGUGAAGUUUGUAAAGUUGUUGCUACAGAAUUAGAGGGUCGUCUCGAUGAAACGGGAAAAACGCAUGAUGUUUUGGAAAUAGGCUAUUCUAUAGAUGACAUUGCUCCCAAGAAGAAAAAGGAAUACGUAAAAUCGGAACUCCGUCUAGUCGAAUCUUUGGAUCAAUUAUGUGACAGAGUUCUAGAAUACAACAUCCACAAAGAGCGCAGCGACAGCAAUCGGUUCGCUAAAGGAAUGAGCCAAACGUUCAAAACACUUCACGGUCUUGUCGACAAAGGUGUGAAAGUGGAACUAGGUAUUCCCUAUGAAUUAUGGGACAAUCCUUCUGUUGAAAUCACUACACUAAAAUCCCAGUGCGAGGAACUACUAGAGAAUUAUGAAGCCGAUAUCGAGGAAUGGUAUUUCAAUUCUCAGGGAAAAGUCCCUCUCACUAGGUAUUUGUGUUCUGAGAGGGCUUUGAAGGGAAAAGAUGAUUCGUGUCUGAAAGAAAAAGGAGACAAUGGUCAGAUUGAGGAUAAGAAGAGCAAGCGAAAAAAUAAAAAAAACUCAAGUAAAACUGAAGAUACGGAGAAACCAAAGAACGCGAAGGAAGAGUUGUGAUUUGGUCAAUUAAAUUUGUAUUCAAAUUGCUCACUUUUCCUGACUGUAAGACUCUCCGUGAUAUUCCAUUUUUUACUACAAUUCUCUCUGAAAUCGUGCCAUAAUUUAAAAUAAAGCUUUUACAUUAUAAA